GUAGCUUUGGAGACUCUGUUUCUGUCUCAUUUCUGUAGCUGUUUGGGUUGUGAAAUGUGAAUUUUGUGGGAGCUUGGGAAGCUGUGAGUUGUGACGGGCUGGAAUGGAAUGUCGAGAUUUCAGUUUAGUACUCAAGCGAAGUUUAAAAAGAUGAAUUCAUAUUUAAUUCACACAAUUAUCCCCAGCGGGCAUCGCUUGUGGCAUUUAUUGAAGAUUUGAUCCUAGAAGAAGUUUGUUUGUGAAGUCCGAUAUGGCUCUAAUAAAGAAUAACGGGCCUAUAAUAGACCCAGCGCUUUGUAGAUGCUGCAGGGCUAUCAAGAAGUGCAGGCUUCUUACUGCUGAGUAUAUCUGGAUGGAGCAGAAAGAGGUCUACGCCGAUAUGAUAAUGGAUUGCUUUGGUAUACUCCUCUCGCAUGUGGACGAUGAAGCCAAGGACAGCGGCGUGUGCGCAACUUGCGUUGUGCGGCUAAGGGACGCGUGCGCCUUCCGCCACCAGGUGCUGCAGUGCGAGGACAUGUUCCUAAGCGCUAAACUGGAGGAUAAAGAUGAAGCUAAGAAGGUUGCUGAGAUCGAAUUGAAAACGGAGCCAAAGGAUGACGUCAGCGAUCAUAACUCUACAGGUCACGAAGAACACAACGAGAUUAUACCCGUUCAAUACACUGCCCCCCCGCCGAAAGCAGAUGUCAAACCAAAAGACGAAGAGGAGAAAAUACAAAUAGAGACAGAAGAAAAAGAUAUUCCGAAGGAGAUGGACCUGGAUCACGAUGACGUCGACGAUAUGGACUAUCAAGACAACGGGCUCAACGACUACUCCUCGUCAGACUCCGACAAGCCCAUCAAGAAGAAGGUCAGGGCGAAGAAGAUGAAGACAAAGAGCAGCGGGACGAAGAAGAAGGUUGGCAAGAAGAAAGGCGCUAAGUUAAAAAAGAAGAGCAAAAAUAAAGAGUCAUCAAUUGACGAGGAUCUAAAAAUAAAGAAACCACCUUUAGAAAAGAAAAAUACCCACGACCGUGACCUAGAUUGCAUGUCUGAAGAAAAUCUCCUCACCAUCAUACAAUACUCUUAUGUGUGUCCGUUUAAGAACAGAAGGAAUAACUACUACUGCUUCUACUGUAAAGACUACUAUCCUAAACCCGAGGAUUUGAGGGAACACACAUUAUCUCACGACACAAAACCGUUCCAACUUUUAAUGGGCUACAAGAAAAUGCCUAAACUCGAUAUAACGAGGAUAGAUUGUCGGCUGUGUCCAAUGAAAAUCAAUGACCUGGAAUUAUUCAAGCAUCACAUAGACAAAGUACACAAUAAGAAAAUUUACUUCGAAGCCCAGGACAAGAUGCUUCUUUACAGAUUAACGUGGAACGAUUUAGUGUGUGUAAUGUGCAGUGGUGUUUACGAAGACUUCAAUACAUUAAACACACAUAUGGUCGAGCAUUUCAGCAAUUAUACAUGCGAUGUAUGCGGUUUGUGUUUCCUAGAAAAGCCGAGGUUGGACGCACAUCUUAAGAGGCAUAAGGACGACGAGAGACACACGUGUGAGGUUUGCGGCAAAGUGUUCAAAUCGAACCAUUACAAGGAUAUGCAUGUGGAUAUAGUGCACAAGAAGAAAGCUAUAAUACGUUGCCCCAGGUGUGACGAGUGUUUUAUGUCGUACGCAUUAAAAAAUAAGCAUCUGACCGAGGCGCACGGUCAGAAACGUACAUAUCCGUGCAAUUUGUGUGACAAAGUGUAUAACAGACAGAAGACAUUAACCGAGCAUCAACGCAGGAAUCACCAGAAGGUACUGAAGCACCAGUGUGAAUAUUGCGAUCAGAGAUUCUAUCUACCCUCCAGGUUAAAGGAACACAUAGCCACCCAUACCGGGGAGAGAAACUUUAGGUGUGAACAUUGUGACAAGAGCUAUCCGAGGCUCAAGUCUUUACAGUAUCACAUACGGACCCAUACGAAUGACAGACGUUACAGAUGCCAUAUAUGCGGGCAGGCGUUCAUACAGAAUGCGAGUUUGAAAUCACAUAUAAAGAGCCAUCAUCCCGAGUGUGAUAUUGAUGGGUGCUAUUUUUGAUGCUAAUACCUACACCACUGGAGUUGUGAAUGUAGAUGAAUGCUAAUCUGAUGCGAGGAGUGCCGUGACUUGUUCACAUCGCUUCCUGCAACUCAGAUGGUAAUAUUCAAUGCCUUAAAUACACUGAUAUGUGAUCAUAGCAUGCUAUCUCUUAAUAUGCUGAUUAAUUUUACAUAAUUAGUUUAAAUCGGUUGUCGCGCUACUUAACAUCUGCGGGAUUUCUGCACAACUAAAUAGCCCGGCUCAAGAAAUUAUAAAAUCCACUUGACAUUAAAAGUUAACUUUUUUUUAGGACUUAUUACAGAAAUUUAAAAAAUUCACAGUUUUCAAAAGUUAAUAAUGUUCUUAUAUAGAGCGCUAGCUUUUAUCCGCGGCUUCGCUCGCGUUUUAAUUUGAAAAACUUUGCCAGGAGGAAUAGGACACCGAUCAUGAGUACAGAACAGUGCACUAUUUCAGUACACUUGUGUUAAACAAUGUUGUGACCGUGUCUUUCCACAAGAAACGCAUUGUUCCGGUAUAAAAGUAGCAUAUGACACUCUCCGGCCAAUAAACAAUGUCUAUGUAAAAAAAUCACAUAAAUCUGUUGCUACUUUAUUGAUGGACAAACGAAUACACUUUCGCAUUUAUAAUAUUAGUAUGGGUUACAUAAGAGAUUAUUAAUGAAAACAAAAUUCUAUGUAUGAUACCACUAUGAGCAUCACGGACAAAGAGUUAUUUACUGAAUGUUUUUUUUCCCACAAAGUUGUAUCCGGUAUAGGUCAUAAAAUGCAAUUAAGCAUUCAUAUAACUUAGCAGUU